CGUAUCAAACAUUACCCAAACGUAACACUAGACACGUGUGGUAUCGGACGGUAUACACAGUUGAUGACUGGCGGACAGUGUUUCAGAUGGUCAUCCAAUGCGAUCGCUAUACAAAACGGACGGUUAGCCACACCGGGAGAGUGGCCGUGGAUUGCAUUGGUUUUAUUAAAUAAAUAUUCUGAAAAUAAAACUAUAGUUAAAAGAUGCACUGGUAGUAUACUAAACACUAAUUGGAUACUAACUGCUGCACAUUGUAUACUACCUAACUUUACGCUAACUGUGCGCACUGUUCAAGAUAUGAGAGAUACAAUGGGAUAUACAUACAGUGUUGACCAAUCGUUUGUUCAUACAGGCUAUCCAAACAAAACAAUCGGUGGUAAACCAGACAAAAGAUACGACAUUGCAUUAGUUAAAUUGGUUGAACAGAUACCCAUACUAGACAACAACAACACUGAUAACACAACCACCGACACAAACACCAACACAACAACAAGUGAUGGUCAUCAUCGAUAUCAGCAGCCGAUGUCAGUGAACAGCAUUUGUUUGCCCGACAAAGAUAUUGUUAAUACAGAAAACGAGUUGGCAUUGAUGGCCGGUUUCGGUUAUAUUGAUGAUGGAGUCGAUAAUUAUGGGCCGCUAAUGAUGGGCGGACAGAUGAUUGCUGAACCAUUUUUUAAUGAAAACGAUUCAAAUGGCACAUUUAUUAUAGGAUAUAGGCAUCCAUUAAAUUUGGCCAGUGCUGCCGUUUGUAGGGGUGAUUCUGGAUCACCAUUGAUCCAGUAUGCCGGGGGUCGGGCCGUACUUAUUGGUACACACAGGGCUUCUAAUCGAGAUUAUGGUAACGGUACUGUUCGGGAGUGUACUAUUCAAAACAUUUAUGCGCGUAUGUAUUAUAUUAGAGUAUCACUAGUUAUUGAUUGGAUUAUCGAUACUGUUAUUAAUAAUUAA